AUGAGAAAGAGCAUCUAUCCAACCUACAAAGACAUUGCCUCUGAUGUGGAAAAGAGAAUUAUUCAGUUAGAUCAAGGAUAUGACAGUAUCUCAACAGUAAUUACAAAACAUGGAGAGGAGUGCCACAGAAAAAUUGACAAACUUGUCAAGAAACUUAAAACAGAAGUAGACAACAUGAAGGUUAUACACAAAGCUGCCUUUGAGAAACACAGAGCUGAAAUAAAUCAGAGAAUUUCAGACAUUGAUGAUGAAAUCAGAAAACUAGCCAAACUUCAAGAAUCAAAUGAAAUCUCUCUAUUUACCCACCACAAAAACACAAUUACAAAAUUCAGGAAACUUCCACCGAAAGUUGAUGCAUCAUUUCCAAUUUUUACUCCAAUGAAAUUUCAGGAAGAACAAUUCCAUCAACUUUUUGGGAAAUUAUCAACUCUAUCUCUUUCUUCAAAGGAACAAAGCUACAACAGCGAGAUAAAACAGAUAUCACCACAAGCUGGAUGCUCUCCUCCAGUCAAGAAGUUAUUUGAUGAACCUGUGACUAUCACCACGAUAGAGUCAAGUUAUGGAAAAUAUGCAAUGUGGCCUGUCUGA